CGGAAAGCGCGUACGCUCGACCGCGGUCGCGCUACCUUCGAGUGGCGACGAAACCCGAAACCCGAGUCGUCAGAGGAGGACUCGCGGGGACGAACAUUCCUAAAAGAAGAGAAAUAAGAGAGGAGGAGGAGGUGCAGGAGGAAGACGACGACGACGUGAUCUCGACGAUGCGGUUCGUCCACGAGUUACGCAACGUGUAAUGCGACCGAUACAUCUUCGAUCAUCAGCGUUACGUUGUCACGUCGGGAUUGCAGGGAGGAGAACCCGAUGACGAUGCGCCGUCUCGACGAAGUGCGGCUGAGGUUAUGAGAGUGCAUUCUCCAUCAUCCCGCAUUUCAUAAACGCGAAUCGAUAAUUACAGGGAAUUCAUGCCUUACGUUACGUUCGUUUAACGACGGUGCUCCUGUCGUAAUUAAUUGCUGCAUGCGUUCGCGGGAGGAACGAGCAAGGUGAUACGAUUGGAAAGCAAUGGCGCGACAAGUUGCCAGGGAUUUCUAACUUUUCGUUAGUCGAAUUAGUAGUUUAUACGUAUCACGUGGUGUGAAACUAAAAAAACGCAAUUUGUGAGAAAAAAAUUCUUUUCAUUGCGAAAAUUUCUCUCUCGCGAGCAAGAACUAGGUUUUUUGCAGUGUUUACGAUUUCUUAUACCACUACGGCGCCAUUUUGGAUCGCUCGAGCGAGCGACGUGACAUUAGACGACGGGACGUGACUUUAGUAGUGCUUAUAUCGAGUGCUCGUCUUCGAAACUCCCCCUCGCCGCAUCUCCCCUCCCCGCUAGUCCAUAUUCACACGAUCGCGUGAAUCGUGUGCAUCGUUUACUCGAUCUCGAGUGAAUUGUGUGUACAUAUAAAUGGCGGCUGACGAACGAUGGUACUUUACGAGAGAGCAGCUUGCAAGCACGCCGAGCAGAAGAUUCGGCAUCGACGGGGACAAGGAGCUGAGCUAUCGGCAGCAGGCGGCCAAUUUCAUCCAGGAUAUGGGACAAAGACUCGUGGUAUCACAAUUAUGUAUCAACACAGCUAUAGUCUACAUGCACAGGUUUUACGUAUUCCAUUCACUAACCCAGUUUCACAGGAAUGCUAUUGCUGUGGCGUCACUUUUUUUAGCAGCAAAAGUAGAAGAACAGCCAAGGAAAUUAGAACAUGUUAUCAAAAUGGCAUACAUGUGUCUCCACAGAGACCAACCACCACCUGACAGUAGAUCCGAGCAAUUUCUUGAACAAGCUCAAGAUUUGGUGUUCAAUGAAAAUGCUCUUCUACAGACGUUAGGGUUUGAUGUUGCCAUUGAUCAUCCACACACCCAUGUUGUCAGAUGCUGUCAAUUAGUGAAAGCAAGCAAAGAAUUAGCUCAAACAUCAUACUUUAUGGCAUCUAACAGUUUACAUUUGACGACAAUGUGUCUGCAAUAUAAGCCCACAGUUGUCGCCUGCUUUUGUAUACAUCUCGCAUGUAAAUGGUCAAAUUGGGAGAUACCUCAAAGUACUGAAGGAAGGCAAUGGUUCUGGUACGUAGACAAAACUGUAACUGCAGACUUACUUCAAGAAUUGACAGACGAGUUUUUGCACAUAUUCGACAAGUGUCCAUCAAGAUUGAAAAGGAAAAUUAUGAGUAUUUCUGCAAGUCAGAGUCCAAGCAUUCAUCAUCCAAGUUUACCAAAUUCCCCAUUUGAUACCGAACCGCGUAGAAUACAAUCUCCGGCAGUGCCGGCUGACAGUGCUGCUGCUGCCGUCGCUCAUUUAAUUCGUUCUCAUCACUCGAUGGAUAGUAGUGCCCACACUGCUUCCGCUGCUGCUCAUUCGAAUCGAUCCCAUCAUACAACAGACAGCAUAACCUCCACUUCUACCACUACCGCCUCUGUUGCUGUCAGUGCUCAUUCGAGUCGCUCUCAUCACGCGGCGGACGGCGCCGUCGCUCAUUCAAGUCGUUCUUCUCAUCAUACGACGGACGGUGCUGUCGCAGUCGGUCAUUCGAGUCGCUCUCAUCACACGCAACACGAGAAACAGGAUGAGAAAAAAACCGGGACCGCAGGAAUAUCGACGUCGAGAGCGACGACGAUGGAUUAUCGAGAAUACCGUGAGAAGAAGGAACGUGAGCGUUUGGAGCGAGAAAAGGCGGCGGCAGCCGUGGCGAUUGGAUGCCAUAUUGCCGAUCCUAACAAGCCUCCUCACCAUUCGCAUCAUCACAAGCCCAUGUCGAAUGUAAGCGUGCCGAGCAAGCAUCAGAUGCCGGUGCAAAAGAGCACGAGCCUUCAUCACAAUCAUCAUCAUCGACCAGACAUGAAGGUUGGUCAACCGGUGCCACAGAGACAUUCCGCCAGUGGUCAUCCUAGAGAACCUAAUCGCGAUUCCAAUAGGCAACGAUUGUCGAGAGAGCAUAAUACUGGUGCAACAGGCACAAACGCCAGUAUCGUGCAUUCGUCACACGCUCAUGCCAACUUAGACAGUUCUUUGUCCGAAUCUGUGUCUCAUAGAUCGGACGCCAGCAACGUCACGCAAGAUUCUUCGGGAUAUGGUAGUUUACAAGAGAAAAUAAGUAACAACAACCAUAGUGGACAUAGACUGAACGCACUCGAUAGCAAACAUCAAGCGCAUGAUAAGAGGUUGUAUCGAGGAGAGGAUCCACGGCUCAAAUCUGCCAAGUAUCAAGAUAUAAAUAGAAUCGAGAAUCAACGACGAAAGACAGAAACGUUGGAACAAAGAUGCGAGGAAGUACGGAAGUUGAUCGAGAAACCGUUGCCGCCGCCGAAGCAGGACAUGCCGUAUCUGAUGAAUGCGCAGCAGAAACAGCAGGCGCAUCACUCUAAAUACAAUCAGCAGCAGGACAAGUCGCAAAAUAGUUCAUUAACGAGCGAUACGAAGCACGUGGCGAUGAUCGGUCAGAAUGCGCUUUCUCAGGAUAUAUCGCCGAGCGCUUCGUCGUUACAGGUGACGCAAAAGUCUGCGCCUGCUAAGGCGCAAAUGUACAAUCAGCAUACUGCACAGGGUGUAUCCCAGAUUCUCAAGGACACCAUCAAAAAUGGCAAUUCCCAGUCUUGUCUGAAUUUGAAUAACAUGGACGAUCCAAAAUCGGAGAAGCGACCGCGAACAAUUGCGCACGAGGAUCCCACUGAGAGGAAUUCCGUCGACAUGCAGCAGAGCUCGCACUUGCAUACACCGCCUGGUAAGCACAAAUCACUCUUUAGUCCAGAGACGCCAACCACCCCCAGAGAAUCGCAUAUUCAAGGUGGUGCGAGGCCUAAAUCAAAGCAAAAGCCACUCUCCGCAGCUACAAAGGUGAAGGAACGCGUGUCGCCGUUUGCAAAUUCCCCGACUUCGCAAGACACAUCAGCGAUGAAACGGUCAUCCUCCAACGAUGGGGUGACAUUCGUGCAUAAGAGAGCUCGUACGUCGAGUAUUGGUGAGAGUGAGCAGUCUGUGAAAAAAACCGAGAAGAAAAUGGAAGAUACAUCCAGUCUGGAGGCGAUGAAGAUGCUCGGUCGCGUACCCGACUUGAUACAACCAAUACGCGACAAUCCGUCAACGUCUAAUAACAGAAGCAGCAGCGCAUCGUCUGUCAUUAAUGAUUUGAAGCCGCCGGAACUCAUAAAACCGUUCGACUCGGAUCCGCCGCGUUUCAAUGCGAUUGCGCAGCAAAAAAUCUCGUCAUUAAAUGUGCACACGCUGACAAACGGUAUGGAUCUUAAUGUGAUAAAGCACGAAUUUCCGGAACAACGUGUGAAAAGGGAGCUCUUGGAGUUUUACACAGAGAAGGAUCAAUCGGGGCACAGGCCUUCGGAAUUGUCGCUGCAUUCUCACUUGCAGCCGAAACUCGAAUACUUGUCGCCGAUUAAAUCCGCGCAGAGUAUAAGUGCAUUACUUCAAGAACCAUUGGCGCCGAUGCCGUCGCUGUUGCAGGGCCUGCAACAGGUUAGUCAAAUACCUUCUCAGCAAGUGCACCAGGAACAACUACAGCAACAUCAGCAACAAUCUAUUCAUCAUUCGUUGAUGGAUCAUCAGCUGCCAGUGACAACUCCUUGCUUGUCUAUAUCGACCAUGAGUGAUAAUUUCACGUCAAUAGCCUCAACGGUUGAUAUCAGUGUUCUUUCCGACAGUGUGCCGAUGAUGCUGCCAAAUAGCGAUAACAAUGUGGCAGAACCGGCAAUGCCAACAAUUUCCGGAUCAGUUCAGAUGGUAAUUCCCUCGACUGAAGAGAAGCGAUCUGAACAUCACAAGAGUGAAAAGAAGAAGAAGAAGGAAAAGCACAAGCACAAAGAUAAAGAGAAGAGUAAAGAGAAACAUAAGCAUAAACACAAGGACAAGGACAAGGAGAGGCACCGGGAGAAAAAGGAAAGAAGCGAGGAAACACCGGCGGCGGCGCCCAUUAAGAUCACGAUCCCCAAGGACAAGUUGAACCUGAGCACGGAAACAUCGUCCACUAUGCUUAGCGCAGGUUCUAGUUUGUCGGAGAAUAAGAACAUAUCGCCGCAGGGCACGGGCUUGAAGAUUAAGAUUCCGAAGGAACGACUCAAGGGCAACGACAAUGUGCCUAAUUCGCCUGCGCAGCUGCCAGUGGUACAGGGUUCGCUAAAGAUCAAAAUACGUACUGACGGUAUUUCCAGGAGUUCCGCGCAACCGCCGUCAUCGUCGUCGACGAACGGUUCGAGCGCCUCUGCCCAAUUUUCUUCCGAAUUAUCCACGAACGAACCAACGACUCGGAAGCGUUUCGUCGAGAUGACCGGCAACAGUUCGGUGAUCCUCGGUAGCAGUUCCUCGCUGCCUACAACAAAGAAGCAGACGGUGAUGAUACCCGCAACGGGUUACGGCCAGAGCCACCGACCUGGAGAACGGCAGAACGGCAGACAUUAUAACUCCGGCAGCAAUAAUAAGGUACGUGGUAGAGGCGGCCGUCAACAUUACGACGGUCGCGGUCCUCCGCCACCACCACAUCACGCGGCUGCCGGUCAGCGUGGUAGCGCCGGUGGUCACUACCAGCGUGACAAUUACGAUAACGGCCGUGGUGGCCGCGAUCAUCAACAUCAUCAGGUUCCUUAUCAUUCCCAUCAGUCCCAUCAGUCCCAUCAUCCCCCGGCCGCGGUUCGCGGUGAUGUUGGCGGAUACGACGCGAGAGGGGCUGCUGGCUACCUCGACCAAGCCGCAGAACCGUAUUUUUACGCUAACUAUCCAUCGUCGAUGCAUUUUGGCGCACCCGCUGGGUACAUGUAUGAUCCCGCGUAUCAGCAGUACUAUCAACAACAGUUUCAGCAAUCUCAGUAUCAAAUGUACCCGGCGGGGAACGCCCUGAUAAUGACGCCGGACGGCGGCACAAUUAACACGUCGAUGCCGCCGCCGUCCUUACUCCCGAAUCAUCUUUAUCAGAACCGACAAAAUAUAAUGCACCAGAAUCAAUCGGCCGCUCGGCAGGAUGAUACGCAGUUGUUGCCUCCACCGCCGCUUGAACCGCCUCCAUCUCCACCACCUUUGCCGAGCGGACCGCCACCCCCGCCACCUCCUCCACCACCUCCUCCCUCUAUACCGGAGUAAAACAUCUCUAUUUCGUAUCGUUCGGUAGGACGGACAAUAUAUGUACAUAUAAUAGAGGAAAUUGGGAGGAGCUAAAUUGUUUAGAAUAAUAUUUCAUUCUUUGCUCCUUUCUGGAUAUCGAACAUGUAACUUUUUCCUAGAGCGGAAACGUGAAAAGUAAAAAAAAAUUACUAUUAAUUUCAAUAAUAAAAUUUUUAACUUUUUAUGGUUUUGCCUUAGAGAAAAGUUACAUGAUCUAUACCCUGGUUUUUUAUAAUUAGUAAAAAUAUAUUUUCCUGUGAUGAUACUGUGUCAGUCGGAUGUAAAGAAAGACAUAGAAAAGAAUCUGAAUCUGAAUAUCAGAUAUAGUAAAAUUCAUUGAUAACACGAUCUUUCGUGAUUUAGAUGAGACUCACAAAGAAGAAAAAAAACGUUUAUAGAGUGGAAGGCAGGUCGACAAUUGGACAUACAUACAUUUUAUAUUAAUAGAAAUAUUUCUCUUUUUCUUUAUUUUCUUUAUAUAUUUUUCCUGUACAGUUUUCUUUGCAUGUAAAUACUUUGUAUAGAUUAUAUUCGGUAGAUAGAAAUGUGUGUUUCUAUUAAAACGAUCAUGUUUUUCAUUGUCAUUUUGUCGGUGUGCCUUCUAUCUUUUUACGAAUAAUUUGUUGUUUCUUUUUUAAGAUUAAUACAGAUAUUUAUAUAUCUGGCGAAGAGGAAGAAAAAGUUCCCCGCAUCCGCUGAACGAUACUUUCUUUUUUCUUUCUUGUAGCAUUUUCGACUAACAAUAAGUGAAUUGCUCUGGAAGCAAUUAUCUUUUUGUAUAAAUUUUUAUUGGACACUGAAAAAAAUAUAUAAUAAAAAUAUAUAGUUUAAAAAAAUGUAUAUAUAAACACACACACAUAUAUAUUUUUUUUUAUACUUGAAUGUGAGAUGUUGGAGACCGUUACGCGAGAUCUACGUGAGACUGUUAUCGUUAAUCGUUUUCAGAGCUAUCCAAAGCCGGGCGAAAACGCUAUUAAUUUUUUCCUCUCUUUCUUAGAGUUUGUGAAAUAGUUUGGUAGAGAAAUAGUAGCAUGUGACACUAUUGUACAUUAUUUACUUUUUAUUACAUAAUUGCUUCAUUGUUUCUCUCUCUUUCUCCCCCUCUCUUUCUUUCUCUCUCUUUCUUUCUUUUGUACAUGUAGCAUAAUAUCCCAUUGUAGAAAACUUUAAUUGGUAUUUCAUUUCAAUAUUUUAAUUCUAUCGUAGUGAAAUUUCUAUCGAUUCGAAACUUGUUGGAAUCGUAACAAUGUCAACUUAAACAUGCAGUUUGUGUGCCUAAAAAACUAUAAAAAAACGUACACAAAUAUUGUAGUUGAUGUGUAGAAAAUGUCCAAUCUUUGGUUACAUACAACCAAUCUCAUAUAUAAAUAUUAUAUAAUUGAAAUUAAAUUUAUAUAUAUAUAUAUAAGUUAUUAGUGCUGUAAUCAUUUGACGUGGUUUACAAUAUUUUGUAUUCAUAUCUUUUGAUUUUCCCCCUUUAAGAUUAAAUUCACUCAGUGUUAUAGAGUCCAUCUAAGAUCCCUGUAAGCCAGCAUGAUCUACAUAUUGUAAGAGUAUGUUAUAGAAAUAGACUUGCUCUUGCUUGUUAUUACUUUCCUUUUUAUAUACAUAAUGAUUUAAAAGAUAAUAAGAAUAAUUAAAUUAUAAAAAUAAAAAAUAAAAAUAAAAGUUGUAUAUAAAUAUAAUUCUCAAAAUUUGAAAGAGGAAUUAUGAUUAAGAACAAGGGUGAUAAUCCCUGUUAAUAUGAAAUCCUCUACAUAUAAAUAUAUAAUAUUUUUGUAUAAACUUAAAUAUAUAUAUAUAUAUACCUUGGAAAUAUGUACUAUAAUUUAUCUAUGAUUCUAAUCUACGAUCAUAUCCAUUAUUUCAAUAGCUUUGUUACAUCUUUGAAACUUAUAUAUAAUUUCCAAAAUUUUCAAAAAAUUUCCCAAUUAGCUUGUUGAUUAUUUUAAAGUGAUCUUAAAAUCAUAUAUUUGAUAUUUGUCUUUCUAAACAUAAUUUAUAUUCUUGCAAUUAUAAUAGUGCUCGGUUUUUUAUUUUGUAAAAAGACUAAUGUUACAAGAAACAAGAAAUUUUUUGAAAAUUUUUACUUUUUUCAGAUGUGUCUACACACAUUUUUACAUGCGCUUUAUUCUCAUCACGAUACAUCACAUAAUAAUUAACUAUCGGUUCAUAUAUAUAUAUGAACAUUUUUAUAAAAAAAUCACACAGUAUAAGUUUACAGCCAUAGUUGCGAUAAAGAAGAAAACUGUAUUGUGAAAGUUUGAGAAAAAGGACACUGCCAGACUGAUAGACGAAAAUAUAUAGUAGGAAAGCGUAUAGUAGCGAAGAAAGCGACUAUAAUUUUCGAUAGGGUGUCAAUGGUGUCAUUUUUAAAAGACUAUAUUCGUGGAAGUAAUUUAGCGAGUAAUUUAGCGACAGAAAUAUGAACAACGCUUUUGCUGGCCAAGAGAAUAAAUGAUUAUAUUUACGAAGAAUCAAUUGUGGAGAAACAUGAACUUUUGUUAUUUAAUCGGAUAUUAUUUAUAAUUUUUCGAUUAAAUCUUAUGUAUAUUUUUCUUAACGAGAUAAUGUGGAAUUUUUAUAGAACAAAUAUUGACUCAGGAACUUGUUGGAUUAAAUUAUGCGAUCGCGAUAUAUAUUACGCUCGGAGUAUAUUUCCUAUAUAUGUGUGUAUAUAUAUAUGUUUGUAUACGUGUAUUUAUAUGCAUAUAUAUACGAAUAUUUUUUAAGAACUGUAUAUAAUAUAAUAUAAUAUAUAACAUGCGCGCAGAAAGCGGUAUUAUAUCGGAAUCGUGAAAAUGUAUCGUUGUUGUUAAUUGUUAUAACUAUUAUCACGAUUACUAUCGCUAUUUUAACGUACGCCAAUAUUAAUUGAUUUGCGAAAAGAUUGCAGAGGAAUUAUGAUUAACAAUAUAGAUGUGAUAAUGAUAAUGAUAUCCUCUGUGCGUAACUAUGUAGCUUUUUCUUCCCAUGUAAAUUUGAAUAUGCUUUGAAAAUGCUAAGAUCACUUCUUUGCUAUUUUUAACAUUUGUAAUACAUAUAUAUGUAUUACGUGUAUGAAUAUGUAUAUAUUCAUAAGUGUAUAUACGUAAUCUAUUAAAUUCUGUGAAUUUAUACAAGGAUUACUAUACACAUUUUAAUUUGAUCUAUCUCACACACACACAAUCUAAAUCUCUUUAUUCAAUUUUUAUAAAGUUUUUCAUAUAUCUAGUGUCUUUUUAUAAUUAGUUUCUAAAUGUCUACUGAUAUUUUUCGUCUAUCUCUAAUUCACUUCACUCUAAUGACUUUGAUUUAGUUUUAUCUAAUGCCGUAAAUAUUAUUUAUGGUAUAAAAUCCUCAUAGAAGUCUUCUGUACUACCAUUCUAAAUCAGUUCUUUUUCAAUAAACUUCUCUUGUGUUACUCCCCUACUAUAUAUUUAACAUAUGAUAUUUUUCUGAUAUCAAUUAGCUUUUCAUAACUGUGUCAUAUUGAAGCUUACAUGGGACGAAAUUAUUUUUUAGGCACAUGUACUUUUAAUCGCGACUUUUCUCAUCGUGUACGUGCAGUCGGAUAUUUCGACUUUAUUUUAGAUAAUCUCUAUUAGUAUUUAUAUAUACAUAUUCAAUAUUUUAUAAAAGUAAAAUCGUUGUUUUCAGAGUGUGAUAUUUUAGCGUUGCACCGAGGAAUUUUAAGAAAUGCUACAUGAAAUGAUGUUAUCAAACACGUUUCUUCUGUGAUUUAAAGUUGCAAAUUAAUUAAUACCAAGCGACUUAAUGUUUUUAAUUUCUGUUAAAUGUAAAUUUAAUAUAUUGCCAGUAUCACUAUAGAACGAAAUACGUACCAUGCGAACGGAAUCGUGCACAGUGAAUUAAACGCGAGUUUGAAGAGUUAAAGCGAAACUGCGUAGUCAUAUUGUGAAAUCACGAUAAUAGUGGAAAGACAAAAUAAUUGCUAAGGUAAAUCUCUAGUUCUUAUAUAUUCUGUGAUCGUAAGAAAUUUAAGAGAAAGAGAAUAUAUAUUUGCAUGGCGUCCGAUCAUCAUCUUUCUUCGUUAACGUGACGAAUUUUUCAACCAAUUUAGAGCUGAUUUCGUGGCGAAAAUUUUAUGAUGGCCUUAAUUUUUGUAUCGAAUUAAUUAAUAUUAUCCUCGGUUAAAAUUGCAACUUAUUUGAUCUUGUCUUAAUAAGAAUAUUAUCUAAAACUAAUUGUCUCGAAGUAUUUGAUGUUGCAAAUUAACUAAAUAGUGACAAGAAUUUUUUUUUAAUAAAACAAUAAUUUGAAAUUUAAUAAAUGAUCUGUGAUUGAUGGCAAAUUUGAUAUAUAACAAUGAGAGAGAGAGAGAGACAGAGAAACAAGUAUAUGCGAGAGAUAUAUAAUACAUAUUAUAUAUAUAAAAGAUAUAUGUGUUAAGUUUUUUUCUGCGUUUUCCGCAAAAAUAUUGAAGUUUAAAAAAUUUAUAAUUUUUUAUUAAUCGUUGAAAUAUUUUUCUUUGCUCUCGAUUACUACGCCACUUUUUCGAUAACAUAUAUGUAUUUUGUCAUAAAAAUAAAAAAAGAAGCUAUCUAGGUUUGAAUUAAUGGACUUGUCGAAUAAAUCAGUGUGUAACCGCAAUGUUUCUAAACUGCUGUCCAGCCAACGAAUGCUACAUCGAUUUAAACAAGUCACACUAAAAUAUUGUGUACACGUACGAGCUCAAGCGUAUGAGCAGCGAAUGAUACGAGUGAAUUGAGGGAUAUAAAUAUUAAGGUACAAGUAAUUCUCGCCAAAAAAGAAAAAAGAUAUAUAUACAUAUAUAUAUAUAUAUGUAACGCGAACACAUUUACUGCGUAAAUUCUGUAUACGAUGUAUAUUCACCACUUGUCAUGUACGCUACCUGUUUCGAGAAAAGAUGCAGAAAUUAUGAAAAUGUUUGUUAACAUAUAGUUACAAAAACUUAAAAAUUGUUUCAAUUUUUAAUCCAAUGAUGAAUAUUUAUCAUUAAUUUUGCGUUCGUGUAGUACUCUGUACAAAAGACGAGUGUAUAUAU